GGGAGGAGAAGGAGAGGAGGCAGCCGGCGAGCGUUCAGCCUGUUGCUAAGCCUCGAAGGAACCUACGUGCUCGGGCUGCGCUCAGUCAUAGUCUUUGCGGCCUACUAUCUUGGUGAAGAAGAUGGACCGUGUCCUGUGCCCAGGGGAGCAUGGUGAAGAGAAUGGUUCGGUAAUGGAACACAAAACAAUUUCUUGGCAAAUCUUCCCAGUACUUUCAGAUCAACACUCUCAAGGAGUUGAAUUAGUCUUGGCCUAUGCAGUACCUAUCCUAGACAAGAAAAAGACUUCUCGCUUGGUGAAGGAGAUUUCAGCUGUGUACCCACUAGAGGGCCAACAGCAUCUCAAAAGGGUCCGAGCAUGCACAGAUAAGGCCAGUCCUCACCCAUUGGAAAUGUUGAUUUGUUUAGCAAAACCUGGGAAAGAGAAGGCAGAAGGCUUGCAUACACUUUCAGAACUCCUGCCCAAUAAACAAGUAGACUGCUGUGGCCUAGGGGAACCAUUCCUUGUUCAUGUACCUGCCCAUCCCCCUUUGACCAGGAUGCAGUUUGAGGAAGCCAAAUUCCAUUGGCCGACAGCCUUUCAUGAAGACAAAUAUGUCACUAGUGCCCUCACGGGGCACCUCUUUUCAGAAGAAGAAAAGGUGAAGAUGCAGACUUACAUGAAACAAGCCAUCUGGGCAGCCCAGCAAGGAUCAGAAAAGGGGAUGAAGGCUAUCGGAGCUGUAGUUGUUGAUCCAGCCACAGAAACCGUUCUUGCUGUAGGCCACGAUUGUAGAAGCACCUCAAAUCCAUUGUUACAUGCCACAAUGGUUUGCAUAGACCUUAUUGCCCAAGGACAGGGGAGGGGCACGUAUAAUUUUAAGUCUUAUCCUGCUUGUACUGUCUCACCAUUGGGGAACAGAGACCCAUCAGCCUCAAAAGCUAUCCGAGCUGGAACAGUACGAAAAUUCGAGUCCAGAGAUGAUGGGUUGCCCUAUAUCUGUACUGGCUAUGAGCUUUAUAUCACAAGUGAGCCAUGUGUAAUGUGUGCCAUGGCUCUGGUACAUUCCCGGAUUCAAAGGGUCUUCUAUGGGAUAGCAUCACCUGAUGGGGCCCUGGGCACCAAAUAUAAGAUUCACACCAGACAGGACCUCAAUCAUCGUUUUGAGGUGUUCAGAGGCAUCUUGGAGGACCAGUGUUGUUCCUUAGUCAAAGAUAGCCAGGAAGACAGCCAGUCUUCCAAAUAGCAUUCAUUUUUUUUCUUUGCUAGUUCCUUCUCUUUUCGUCAUAAUACAGCCUAUUACUAUCCCCAUCUCUCCCAGAUAGCCAAGAGAUUUUCCAUUUCUCUUCACCAGUGCUAGCUAUCCUUAGGUGGUCCCACAUAGGCGCUUCUCUUGCCCCCCCUUUUUUUAUGAUCUAGCUGUUUGUCACUAAAGACAAAAAUUUGGUAAAGAUUCAGAAUAUCACUUCUCAUGUUACAUUUAUGAAUUUGUUAGACUACUUACUGAGUAAUUUCACCUGGAAAAUGAUUUGUUGCAUGCCCUUCUUGUGAUCAUGCAAAUUGAGUCUAUGGCUGUCUGGAUGGAGCUUCUACUGCAUAGCAUUUCAAAGUGGGAGCCCUUGUUUGGUAUGUGACUGGGAUGGAGGGUCUCUAGCAGCAUGAUGAAGUGGAAGAACCAUUACUUUGUUUUUAAAUCUCAGAAAUUCUGGAUGUGACUUUUUAUGAUAACUUUGAUUAUCUUUUUUAUUAAAUUAUGGAAAACAAACCUUGAAAUAUCAAA